AUGCCCUGGCCCAGGUACCGUGUGUUGCCUGUGCAAGAGUUGGGGCAGUACAAUCUGGAGAUCCAGUCAGCUGACCUGUCCGACGACUCCGUGUACGAGUGUCAGGCCCCUGAUGCAGCGCUGAGGUCCAGAAGGGCCAAACUCACUGUCCUCAUCCCCCCAGAUGACCCGGUGAUCGAUGGGGGUCCUGAGGUGCUGCUAAACGCCGGCGAGUCCUACAACCUGAGCUGCGUGUCUCGAGGGGCGAAGCCGCCAUCGAUGGUCGAGUGGCUCAAAGACGGUCUGCCUGUGAACGGGGCCGCCAGUGCUACUGAGGUGCUGCCAGACAGGAAGAGAGUGACCACACGUAGCUACCUGCCCAUCCACCCUGUCGACACCGACACUGGAAGGAACUACAGCUGUGUGGCCACCAACCUGGCUAUUCCCGGCGGCAAAAUGACAACUGUCACGCUCAACGUCCACCAUCCACCGACAGUGACCUUGUCCAUCGAGCCGCGUUCUGUCAUGGAGGGGGAACGAGUCACCUUCACCUGCCAGGCGCACGCCAACCCUCCUAUUAUGGGCUACAGGUGGGCUAAAGGUGGCGUGGUGCUGCAGGGCGCCAGGGAGAGCGUGUUCACCACCAAGGCGGACCACUCCUUCUUCACCGAGCCUGUCUCCUGUCUGGUUUUCAACGCAGUGGGAAAGACCAACGUCAGCAUCCUGGUGGACGUCCACUUCGGUCCGAUCCUGUUGGUGGAGCCGCAGCCUCAAACAGUCGACGUCAACGCCGAUGUCACCCUCAACUGCAAAUGGGCGGGGAACCCUCCGCUCACACUCACGUGGUUCAAAAAGGGAUCAAACAUGGUUCUGAGUAACAGCAACAAUCUGCAUAUGGAGUCAGUGAGCCAGGCGGACGCCGGCCAGUACGUUUGUAAGGCCAUCGUCCCGCGGAUUGGAGUAGGAGAGACUGAGGUCACGCUCACUGUGAACGGUCCUCCCUUCAUCUCCAGUGAGCCCGUCCAGUACGCAGUGAGAGGAGAGAAAGGCGAGGUGAAGUGCUACAUCGCCAGUAUGCCUCCUCCGGAUAAGAUUGUGUGGGCGUGGAAGGAAAACGUGUGGGAGAAGGAGAAGGGGACGCUUCUGGAGAGGUACACGGUGGAGCAGAGCAAAUCGUCGGCCGAGGGCGGCGGCGUCCUCUCCACCCUCACCAUCAACAACGUGAUGGAGUCCGACUUCCUGUCCACCUACAACUGCACGGCCUGGAACUCGUUCGGCCCCGGCACCAUGAUCAUCACGCUGGAGGAGAAUAAGGAGGACAUGAAAGGAUUAAUUGCUCUUUGGAUAGUGGUCUCUACCAUCCUCCUGCUCAUCUUCCUGCUGGUCCUCGUUCUUAUCUUCUACCUGCAGCGCAAAGGCAGUCGGCGCGGGGUCACGCUGGGUAAGCCCGACAUCAAGGUGGAGACGAUAACCAAGGAGACCCACAGCUUAGAGGAGGACUCCGGCAGCGUGUCCACGGCUUCGCGCAUGGUCAAGGCCAUGUACUCGCCAUUUAAAGAUGACAUAGAGCUCAAGUCUGACCUCCGCAGUGACACCCUGGACACCCGUCAGGAGUACGACCUAAAGGACCCGACCAAUGGCUACUACAACGUUAGAGCCUCCACCCACGAUGAAGGCCGCCCUGCCUCCCGCUCCACCAUGCAUUACUCCGACUACCGCUCCCCUACAGGAACACCAGGGGGAGCUGCAUCCAUAAGUAGCAGUGCGGGAGGCUCAGGAGCCACAGCCAGUGGAGGAGCCCCCGGUCCCCCUGGACCCCUUACCUCCCCCGGCCGCCCCCAGGCCUGCUACGACCCCCGACCCCCCUCAAGACUGUCCCACAUCAGCUACGCGCAGUUCAACACCUUCACUCGUGGGGGCCAGAGCCAGCAGCCCCCUGCCAACCCCGCCCCUGCAGCCAGCGACUUCCCAGGUGACUGCAGCCUCCUGGACUCCACUUCCCAGCUGGCCUACGACAACUACGGAUACCCCUCGCAUUACCAGACCUACCGUAUGGGUUUCGCCCCAUCCAGCUUGGCCCCGCUGGAGGCCGGCCCAUCCUAUGAGAUGUACGGGGUGGGAUCUGGUGUGGGGGCCCCUGGGGUAGGGGUCAGUCCUGGGGGCCCACCUCCCUCGGGAUCAGAGACUGGACUCGGGAAGUAUGGCAGCUCCACUCGCUUCUCUUACACCUCGCAACACUCUGACUACUCCCACAGCCGACACACACAGAGGAUGCAGACUCACGUGUGAGACAGAGACGCAGAACCACCUCACAGUCUUAGCUGAGCAUGAGGAAGCAUCUUAUAAAUAGCGUCACACCUAGAAACACACACAAUCACAGAUUUACACGCACAUUUUCACACGCCAAACACAUCCUACUGAACACAUACACGACUACAGGACACAAAAAAUAACAUCACACACACCCAUGCACAGUCAGAAGACCAUGCCCAUGAGACAGGGAGGGUACGAGAAAUGCAGAGGCACAGAGAGAGGAAAAAGACGAGUGGGGGAGAGGGAGCUUUAGUGAGACAGGGAAGGGAAAUUCCACGCAGUUUUGAAUUCCCUCACUCCCGAUGUGUUUGUAUAUCUGAGCUCUGAAAGAGCGGACGGCGCAAGUCACAAUCAAGACUGGGAACAAGAGCGAUAACCAGAGAAGAGGAGGAGAGAUCACAGAUCUUUGGAGCUCAUAGCCUUCGCUAUGGAUCAACUUUGUAAAUGAUGAGAGUGAACGUCUUAAGGCAAACUGUCAAAGAUGGUUUGGGAAAAACCUCAAACAUUUGAAGUCAUUUCUGGCCGCCUUUUUUUUUUUGCUGGUUGUCUUAUUCAACAAUCAUAGAGCACAUAUAUAUAGUAUCCCAGAAUGCCCUUCUGUACAGUGGUACAUGCCAUCAUGCCUGUUAGGCAGCGUGGAGCAGUGUAUUGGGCAGGGGAUGGGGGUUUGGGAGGGUUGUCAUCAUUUUGCACUUCAUCUACAGUAUUCGUGCUUGGACGUCCCUUAUCUAUAUCUGUGUAAUGUCCUCUUUUUAUUUGCACACCAGACUAGAGCUUUGUAUUCUAUUUUUUAACAUUACAGAAUUAUUUUUGUCAAUGUAAAACAUGUAAUGUGUAUGUAUGGACCAAAAGUUUGAACGUGAGUGCACAUAACCCUGGUGAUUUCCCCGAAGGGAAACCCACUGAGACAGAGUAAAGAGUCGUGCCAACAACAGAGCCUGAAAUCAGGCAUCAGAAAGGUAUAUCAGCAUCUGAACGAAACCUAGUGCCAAGUGUUCAUGUUUUUCUUCACCUUAGACCGUGUAUAUGCAGUAGAAGCUCCUUCUAUCGGCAAGAGUCGCUUUAAACGCCAGGCUCGGGGGCCUUUAGUCAUUCCCAGACGUAGGCUGGAGCCUUUUUUUUUCCCUCUGAGCUCUUAACUACAAGCCUGGUGCGGCCGGAGAGAAAAACACAGAUGUUAGGGUUGAGAACUGAGUGGCCUUAUAGGGGAACGUGUCAUACAUUUCCAUUUUGAAUCAUUCCUCAUUGUGUGUCUGCCAAAAAACAGCCAGAGGAGAAUGUGUAUGGAGAGGUUCAUUGAAGGCUUGUCCACAAUAUUGACAUGUAGUGGUGUAUGAGAGUGAGCGUGUGUGCGAGUGUGAGCGAGAGAGAGAAAAACAGACCAAGAGGGAGUGUGUGGGCGUUGGCGCGCACAUCGAUUUGUACAGUGUGUUUGUAUAGACGUGUGAAUGACUGCGUGUGUGUGGGACGGAAUCUGUAAACACGCAGUGCUCGACUUGUGUGUGCGCGCGGCUGUUGUAUGCAUGUCAGUGUGUAUACAGAAUGCGUGCGUGCAUGUAUGUGUCCAUGUGUGUGGGUGUGUGUUUCUGUAUAUGUCCAUAUCAUUUCGCUCACAAUCCUGUUACAGUACUUUUAUACCUCUGGUAGGACUGUAUCCUGUAUUAUUGUGUCUUUGAAUUUAGAAAAAUCCAAUGUUUAUCUUAUUGUACUGUUCUUCGUAGCAGAGAAAACUGUUCAACAGAUGUACAACGAACGUUAAACUCUCAUUUUUUAAUUUCAUUAUCUUCAAUAUUUUUUAAAAAUGGUAUGUAAUUAUUUUUCCACAGUAUUACAUAAA